UUGUAUUAAUCUUAAACUUAUCCAAAAAAGACUUUUGGCGCAAACAAGGUUAAAUAAUAAUUAAUAACUUAUCCGAGCAGUCGUCACUCUAACUCUACUGUCGCUGCUAAAAGAGGGAAGCACGAAGGGAAGCAAUCAAUAGAGACCAUGCCACGCAUCAACACGACCAGUUCGCUUCUCCAAUCAGCGGUCAUCAUCCUCUUGUUCACCAGUACCCAAUCACAGACCCCCACGUCACAACGCAGUCCACCGGCCGACGGCGACUGCCACUCCCGCACCUUCUCCGUCGCCGACUACGGGGCCGUUGGCGACGGUGUCCACUACGACACACGCCACAUCCAGGCUGCCGUCGAUGCCUGCUCCGCCGCUGGUGGCGGCCGAGUCGUGUUCCCUCCGGGCGCCUACCUGACGGCGACGAUCCACCUCAGAUCCAGCGUCGUUUUGGCGAUCGAAGAAGGAGCGAGGGUGUUGGGGGGUACGAGGAUCGAGGACUAUCCGGCGGAUGCGCGGAGAUGGUACGUGGUGCUCGCGGAGAACGCGACGGACGUGGGGAUCACCGGCGGGGGGGCGAUCGACGGCCGGGGAUUGAAGUUCGUGGUAAGACUCGAUCCAAGGAAGAACGUGAUGGUGAGUUGGAAUAGAACGGGAGCGUGCGAAGGAGACGAGUGUAGGCCGAGGCUCGUGGGCUUCAUCGGAUGCAGGAAUGUUCGGGUUUGGAACGUGACCUUGACGGAGCCGGCUUACUGGUGCUUGCACAUUGUACGGAGUGAUAACACAUCCAUUCAUGAUGUUUCAAUUUAUGGAGAUUUCAACAUCCCAAAUAAUGAUGGGAUAGAUAUAGAGGAUUCGAACAAUACAGUCAUCACAAGAUGCAAAAUUGAUACAGGAGAUGAUGCCAUCUGUCCUAAGACGUCCACCGGACCCCUCUAUAACUUGACAGCUACAAACUGUUGGAUCCGAACAAAAUCUUCAGCAAUCAAACUUGGUAGUGCUAGUUGGUUUGAUUUUAAGGGUCUUGUGUUCGACAAUAUCACCAUUGUUGAUUCUCACAGAGGGCUUGGAAUGCAGAUCCGGGAUGGAGGACAUGUAAGAGACAUUACCUUCUCGAACAUGAAUAUAAGUACAAGAUACUAUGACCCUUCAUGGUGGGGAAGGGCAGAGCCUAUAUAUGUGACAACAUGCCCAAGGGACUUCAAUUCAAAGGUGGGAUCAAUCUCUAAUAUACAGUUCAUCAACGUUACUGCAACAUCCGAAAACGGUGUCUUCUUAUCGGGUUCUAUUGGUGGGCUGUUGAGCAAUUUGAGAUUCAUCAAUGUGGAACUCACUUACCGGAGAUGGACAAACUAUGCAGAUGGGUUGGCAGAUUAUAGACCAGGAUGCCAGGGUCUUGUUCAUCACAGCACGGCUGGGUUCAUCAUGGAACACAUUAAGGGCUUGGAGGUUGAAAAUGUAAACAUGAGAUGGUCCAAUCAUCGAUCGGGAAGGUGGAAUAAUCCGUUGGAUUUCAAGCCUUCAACUGUAAAUAAUAUUUCUUUGCUUGGUUUCCAUUCUGGUCUGUACAGAGAACCAGAGAAAGGUCAUAGAAAUAACUUCAGCUUGAAAUAAUUCCUGGACGCACUCUAAUUCAAGAUUUUGCCCAUGAUUGUUUUGAUGCAGCGUGCUUGUUGGUGUUUUGUGCAGGAAAACAAAUUGUGAAAUGGGUAUUGCCCUUAAAAUGGCAAGUUCAUGUUUUUUGUACUGUACUAAGAAGUUGCUUUGAAUGGAUUACAAAGUCUGGCAAGGUGUAUGAGAAUAAUGUUCCAUUUUAGUGUAUAGUAUGUUGAGAUAAUUUACUUUGAUAAA